GUGGAUACGGGAUAAUAUUUCACGGUUACUAACGUAUAGUUUACUGUAAUGCCAUUCGAGUGAUCGAUGAUCCCAAGAACUCAGGUCACCCUGCAGACGCAGAGAGGCUUUCACUUUUGCGCAGCAGGAAAGAGCAUCCGACCUCUAGAAGGACAGCCAUCUAAGAGAUGGCUGCAGGCCCCCACAGUAAUUUAGCUAUUGGUAACUCCCGCCGAUGAUGUUGAGGGCCCUGCAGUCCCCGCUCGUCGCCUACAGGGAACAGGUAGGUUCGGCAAUGGGCGACACCAAUAGGACCCGCCCGUCCGCCCCGUGGGACUUAGAGACGGGCGGGCUAGGCGCUUGCGUUAAUUUGUCGGAGCAACCACUCACCAUCAACACCCCUAGCAAGGUCUCGAGCUUGUGCGCCUGUGAGAAGAAAUUGGGUUAAAUAUUUGCCGGAUUGGUUACCGCUAAGGGGUGCGGUGAGAGGAGGGAAGGAAAGGAGAAAUGGACAGAGAUUAUGUUGCCUCGAAUAAUUAUUCUCCAAUUACACAUUCUUAAAUGAAUGGCCAGGCUAUCUGCCCCUCUAGAUGACAGUUUUCAAUCAUCAAAGGAUCGCCAAUCUACACCACUGGUGAACGAUAAAUCUCUCCGAGCUUUUCCACCCCUGCCGGGAGUAAGUGCACGAGCGGCGGCCCGGUUAGCCAAAUGAAGAUGAGAUCCAGACCCUCCAGCUAAACACUUACCGGAAUAGACAACCUUGCCCCCGAGUUAUAUCUGCCGGCGACAACACGGGAGACGCUCUUCCGGUAGCCUUAACAAUAGGCAAAUUCAGUUGACGGUUACCGCUCAUAAUUCUGGUACGGUAUCUCUGGAGGGAGCGCUUCCUAUGGAAGUUUUGGGGGAUAAAUGUAACUCUUUCAAGCAAGAUGCCAUGUAGCGGUUGAUUGGGCGCGCGUAAAAGUCGGGUGCGGACUUUCUGUCACGGCCAGUAUAUCGGGACUAGGCGGAAUCUGGGCAAUAUCUGGACCCUGGCAGUCGACAUUAAUUGAGGCGGAAAAGGAUGGGGUUUCCAGUAUCACACCUUUGUCAGUUGCCGGAAUGGGAGGAAAGGGGGAUCAAGGGUGGAGUAAAGAACGGUGUUGGCAAGUGAAAUUGGGAGGAAGGAAGGGUUGAAGAAGAGUGAGUUUCAGGUAUAUGACCGGAAGAUAUAAUGAGGAAAAAAAGAGACGGUGGUUAUGUGGCCGUGGUGGUGGGGUUUCAGAGUGGAUGGAGACGGAGAAAAAAGUCUGUAGAGGAGGUAUCAUAUGGGGAGAGGAGAGAGAAAGGGGCGAAGAAGGGGCAGGUGCCAUAUGUGGUUCCGAGGGAGCUUAUGGACUUGUGAGGAACGACGGUGGGGUCUGCGAGCCGUUCACAAGCAUGGGAUCCUAUGUAUAUCAUCAUAGGAGAAACACAGCGAACCUAUGACCUUGCGACA